AAUGAUAUGGCUCUUCAAGUUUGGUUCGAUUUUACUUUUGCUUUCUCCCUCAGAAAUGCUCUUAGAGCAUCACGUGGCAAUACUGCUUAGUCCCCGUGAAUAAUCACUAUCCCCGUCUCUUCUUCCCUGUCCCUUCCAACGGUAGACAACGGAUCCCCGAAACACCCGAACAAAUAAACAAAUCUCAAAAAACACUGCCAAUUAAUCGGACCACUGUUUUAAUUUUUUUCCUAAAAAGAGCCAAAAAGAAAAAAAGAAAAAAUCCCAAUUCAACACAGACAGAUACAGUCCAUGCCAGUCCAUAAGAUAUAACUACAACAUCCAACAGCCGUUUCCCGAUCACCGUUUGGCGGUUUCCAGAGCGGUUUCACGGCCAUGGGGAGGAUGGGCACCGGCGGCGGCGGGAGGAGUUACUCGGUGGCUCCCAGCGACUACAAGCUUCUAGAAGAGGUCGGGUACGGCGCGAGCGCGACCGUGUAUCGAGCGAUCUAUCUCCCUUUCAACGAAGUCGUGGCCGUCAAGUGCUUGGAUCUCGAUCGCUGCAACAGCAACCUGGAUGACAUUCGUAGGGAGGCCCAAACAAUGAGUUUGAUAGAUCAUCCCAACGUAAUUAGGGCAUAUUGCUCAUUUGUUGUGGACCGAAACCUUUGGGUGGUCAUGCCAUUCAUGGCUGAGGGGUCUUGUCUGCACCUUAUGAAGAUAGCAUAUCCAGAUGGAUUUGAAGAGUCUGCUAUUGGUUCAAUCCUCAAAGAAACUCUAAAGGCUUUGGAGUACCUGCAUGAGCAUGGGCAUAUCCAUCGUGAUGUUAAGGCUGGAAAUAUACUACUUGAUAGUAAUGGGGUGGUAAAGCUUGCUGACUUUGGUGUUUCAGCUUGCAUGUUUGACAAAGGUGAUAGGCAACGUUCAAGAAAUACUUUUGUAGGAACUCCAUGCUGGAUGGCACCAGAGGUGUUGCAGCCUGGAAGCGGAUAUGAUUUCAAGGCUGAUAUUUGGUCUUUUGGGAUUACUGCAUUGGAAUUGGCUCAUGGUCAUGCACCCUUUUCAAAGUAUCCCCCAAUGAAGGUCCUUCUAAUGACCAUACAGAAUGCCCCUCCUGGACUUGAUUAUGACCGAGAUAAAAAGUUCUCUAAGUCUUUUAAAGAAAUGGUUGCAAUGUGCUUGGUGAAAGAUCAGACGAAGAGGCCGACUGCAGAAAAAUUGUUAAAACACUCCUUUUUCAAAACUGCCAAGCCUCCAGAGCUUUCUGUUAAGAAGCUGUUUGCUGACUUGCCACCACUGUGGAAUCGUGUAAAAGCCCUCCAGCUUAAAGACGCUGCACAGCUAGCACUGAAGAAAAUGCCUUCAGCAGAACAAGAAGCAAUAUCACAGAGUGAGUACCAGCGAGGGGUUAGUGCUUGGAACUUCGAUAUUGAGGAUUUAAAAGCCCAAGCAUCCUUGGUGCAUGAUGAUGACGAAAUGCAAGAAAUCAGGGAAGAUGAUGAAAGCAUGAAACAAAUUGUUAAUAGUAAGAAUACAUCUUACUCAAGAUUCAGUUUGGGGAAAGCAGUUUCCACAAAUGAAGUUAUUUACAGUGAACAAACAAGUGGCGUUGUAUUUCCUCCGGCUGAGUGUUCAAGCAAUAAGGAAAAAACUCCAGAAAGGGAUAUACUUGAGUCUGACUACCAAGGUAAAGUUGAACUGGAGAAAAAUGCAUCAAGAACCGAGUUACCACCAUCACACCCCGAGAAGGAUCCUGUACUAGCCAAGAUUAAAACUUCAGCUGGUAAUAGUCGCCAGACUCAAAGUGGGCCACUUAUGCCCGGUAUUGUGCUAAAUCAUUCAAAAUCAGAAAGGGGGCGUAGCUCUGAAAGGGGUGAGAAUGAAAAUCAACCGUUAGCUGAAAGACCUAGGCGCGAGGUACGAAGAGCACCCAGCUUUAGUGGUCCAUUAGUGCUUCCAAACCGAGCUUCAGCUAACAGUUUAUCAGCACCCAUAAAAUCUUCUGGAGGGUUUAGAGAUUCUUUGGAUGACAAGUCAAAGGCCAAUCUGGUGCAAAUAAAAGGACGAUUCUCAGUAACUUCAGAAAAUGUAGAUCUCGUAAAGGAUAUUCCACUAUGUACAGUUCCUCGACGAUCGGCACCGGAUUCACCGCUGAAGAAGUCUGCUAGUGUUUGCGGAGACUGGAUAGUUGAUUCAAAACAAAUGGUUUGCCCUAUUGUCCAGCAACCUAAGGAAAUAUGCAACGGUAAUGUUCCUGCAUCAUUUGUCAUGCUCCACCUUCAAAACCUUUUCCAGCAGACAUCUAUUCAACAGGAUCUCAUUAUGAACUUGUUGAAUAGCUUGCAACCUACUGAUGUAGCAGAGGGUUCGCAAAAUGAAAAGUUCCCUUCAUUACCUCGCAGUUCAGAGAACAAUGGGAUUGCCGAAUCAACAGCUUCUGAUAGGGAACGAUCACUUCUUAUGAAGAUUUCUGAGCUUCAAGCUAGGAUGAUUAACUUGACUGAAGAGUUGAAUGCUGAAAAAUCAAAAUACACACAAUUGCAACAACGGCUAAAUGAUGCAUCUAUCCUGGAGGAAGAUGGGUAUAGAAGAGAAGGAGAUUCUUGAUUGCCAAUCAAUUUUGGCAAAAAGUGUGAAGUCAGAUCACCGUGUAUAUUCUGAAAGAGAUGGGCUGGCAUUCGUGUUUCCGGAAUCGUGCCUUUCCUCAGCUGUGUUGAAUAUACUUUCUAUCGAAGAUUCCAGCCUCGGCAUACAGAUAAGCUGAAUAAUCAGCUGCAUGUGCAAGCGCUGUUCAUUAUUUAUGAAGGCGAAUCAGAAAACAGCUUCUCCUUGUCCAGAGUCAUCAUAGUUUCUCCCCAUUUGGCUGCUGAUAGCGCUUCAAGAAGCGGCCAUGAAAAUGGUGGUGGUCAUUGGGUUACAGAAACCAUUAUGUAUCUAUGUGUAAGCAUAACAUAAGCUGUAACUUAUAGUAUUAUCGCCUGAGCUCGUGUUUCUUGGCGUAAUGUAUUGUAUUUUUGUGUUUGUGUAAAAAUUUUGUAUCUGCUGUGAUAAUGUGGAAAUACUGAUUUGGGGUUUGAGAUUGGUUACAUAAUUGAGAUGAUCUCUUGUACCAAAAA